AUGGAGUGCUCUGACGAUGCUCCCGUGGUUCGCACACCGAGCCCUCGAUCGCCUGGAACAGGUGAGGAUGACAAGUCUGAUGAGAUGGAGGAGUUCCUCGCUGGGUUCAUUUCACGAAUGGAACCCGUGAAGCCAGAAGUGGUUCAGGCUGUGACAGCUGCCCAUGCCCUCGCCGGUUUCGGCCGAGCACUGCGAACUGGAAGUGCAAUGGGGCCUCGCAGGAGCUUCCAGGUGACCAAGAUCGAUCAGUUUUGGAGCCACAGCUGGCACGGAAGCAAGUGGAGAAAGAUACUGACGGCGUUCUACCUCUUCAAUGGUAUGGUUGCAUCAGUGUCAGCCACGUUCAUCUGCCUGGUAGUAAUGGUCGCGUAUUCUGUUCAUGUUUUGCCACACCUGCGCGGCCCAACCUUCCCGGAAGAAUCGGGUUUGUGCAGCCUGGUGGGUUUCUUGGUGUACCUAUUGCUGCUCUUCUUCUGGAGGCCGCAAAAGAAAGUCUUCCUGGACGUCCUUUGCAUUAAUCAAGAGAAUGAGCAAGAUAAAUCAGAAGGAAUCAUCAGCAUUGGUGCCUUUCUGAAAUGCUCGGAGACGUUGUUGGUGCUGUGGGACCCUUCAUACACCCGCCGCCUUUGGUGUGUAUUCGAGAUGGCUGCAUUUCUUCAUAGCCGUCCGAUGGGCCAGAAGCCGAAGCUCGUUAUCAGGCCUACCAUUCUGGGUCAGUGCUUCAUAUGCAUUCCUAUCGCCUUGUCCUGCACACUCCUUGCCAUUGGAUUUUUACCCUGGGCGGAGAUCGACAGCCAGAAGUUCAUCUUGUGGCCCCUUAUGGGACUCUGUGGAGCCAUCGGCAACUAUCUGAGUGUUGCAGCAGUUCGUGGUUACUACCGGUCUCUUCAAGAGCUGAAGGUCGAGCUUCGUGACUUUGAUGUCAAGGGUACUCUUUCUUGGUGUUGCAGCACUAACCAUGUCGACAACGGCGAAGCGAUGCCGUGUGAUCGGAAGAUCGUUUUCAAGUGCAUUACCUCGUGGUUUGGAAGCCUCGAGGCCUUUGAACAAACGGUGCGAACCGAUGUUCUGAGAAACCUUACCGACCAGCUCUCCGAGGAUAUCUUCACGUAUCGACAAUGCGUUGCAGCCACAGUGCCUCUGUUGUGGCAUUUCAUGGACUCGGCCUCCAGCAAACUCCAUUUCCACGGAAGUGAGCAGUUGAAUGGUGCUGUCCGCGAACUGAUCCGAGGACUCGGAUGGGGUUGCGGCGUUCUGCCCAUUCUCUUCUUCAUUGGGUUCCAGCUGAUGUAUCUACUGCAAGGCAGAUGCAGAAGCUGCAUCUGGCUGUGCCUCGAAGUGGGUAUCAACAGCCUUAUUCUGGGAGUCUUGAUCUUACUCUUCCUGGGCGCCUUGGAGCUUGAGCAACGAUGUUGGCUUCUCGAAAAUGACUUUUGGAAUUACGAGCAGCGAAACCAGUGGGAUUUACUGCCAGGCACUGUCUUGUUUAGUGUGAUCAUGGUAUCUUCGGCGCUUGUCCUCUUCGGUUCCAGGGCCCAUGCGCAAGCAGUGCUGCGGUUUCUAUCAUGGCCUCCGGUCCACCCGGAGAAGCCACCCGAAACCGCAGUAGAGCCGAUGCCCCCAGAAGUCCAUCAGCCUCGUGAGCUUGUGCCUCUGUAG